AUGACUGAACCUGAGGGUUUCGAUGAUGAUCUUUACAAUGAUGACGAUGCUCUGAAGGCGGCCCCUCCGUCAGCGGCCCCAGCCCCCGCUGUCGCCGCUCCCUCGAUAGCGAAGGAAACGAGCGCCCCAGCUCCGAGCGAGCCAGAUCGAGCCGAUUCGCCCGGCGAUGCGCAAGAUCAGGAUGAUGAUGAUGGCGACGUAGAUUUUGACCUAGGGGAUCCCGAACCCGUUGCACGUGGCCGACUCUCCGUCGUCGAUAGCAAAUUCCUACAGUAA